AGAGUUCAGCAACAUGGCGGCUUCCGGUCAAUAACACUCCUGUCAUUUUUCCAUGCUUUAGAUAAUAAUUCUGGCUAUAUUCACCGCUUUAUUCGUGACCACAUUUCAAGGGGGUCAUGUUUCAAGCAAUAGGCGGUAGAGGCGUCACAGCAGCCCGGCUCUGUGCCCGGAGGAGAGCCGUGCUUGUGGAGACGGUCCGCGGCAGAAAGUCACGCAAUGACCCGAUAGCCAAGUCCAAAGAGGGGCGAAUCAAAACCCCUCCGCCCGUGGACCCGGUGGAGAUGGUGGUCCUGAAGGAGAGAUACACGGAGUACCAGCUGAUCCUGAGUGCACUACGUCUGGAUUUCAAAGAGGAGGUGUUGAGGAGGAAGUACGAAGAGGAGACUGGAUCUUUGGCUGAGGAGCGAGCGAGGAAAGAGGCAGAGGAGCACCGCGCCCUGAUGGACUGGAACAGAGAGGAGAACCAGCGCAUGCUACAACUCAGGGUGCAGAGGAUUCAGAUGGAAAAGGAGGAGGCUGAAAGAAAAGAGUUUGAGGCUGCUCUUGAGCGGGAACAAAAACAGCAAGAAUUUAUAAGAAUGAAAGAAGAGGAACUUUUGCGCUUACAGGAAGAGGCAAAGCACUUCAUCACAAUGGAGAAUUUGGACCAGCGAAUUGAAGAAGCCUUGGACAAUCCCAAGAAUUAUAACUUUGCCAUUGACAAAGAAGGACGGAUUACUAAACAGACUGUACUCAAGUGAAAGAGACACUUCUGUUGAAUGAUGUUUGUCAUGGGAGUUUUCAAUAUCAGUCCGGUUCAUCAUUUUGACCAAGACAAUUGCUUCUGAAAGUCAUCCAUGACCCAAAGACGUGGGUAAAAAAUGGUUACUUUAUCACAAUUACAUUAUUUGCAGUAAAAACAUCCCAUUUUAGGUCACGAAAUUGUCCAAAUCUGCUUGUUCAUCAACCCACUUUCUGUUUUUCUUCUGAGUGUCAUAUCUUAUGUAUUUUGCUUUUGUCAUGAUUAUAUUUUGGAAGUAUGUAUGAUGAUAAUGACUAAACAGGUGAAUGAUGG